AUGCAGUAUUCCAGAUCGCCGUCGCCGUCUCUCCCUCCUAUCCCUAUCUCUUCAGUCCGAUCUUCGAUCACGCUUUCCGCGAAUAUACCCUAUCCAAAGCGACCAAAUAUGGGAAUUACCGACGCUCAGCGGAAAGCCCUACGUCUCUUUGCAUCUGAUACACGCCCACAGCCUACCCAGAGAGCUUGUGCUGCCUGGUUUGAAGAGAAAUUUGGCCGAAAAAUCGAUCGUACUACUGUUUCACGUACACUAUCAUCUCGAUAUGACUAUCUGGAUAAUGGUGAAGCUGGAAUAAAAAAGAAGACGCCUACUGCAGCCUGGCCACUACUCGAUGAGGCCUUAUUUGAGUGGCAAAAACGACAUACAGAGAAAGGGUUUCCUAUGACAGGGCCUCUGCUUCGUCUCAAAGCUGCAGAAUAUUGGAGGAAGAUACCAAUAUAUAAAGAUCAGCCUAUGCCUACAUUUAGUGAUGGUUGGUUAUCUCGCUUCAAACGUCGAUAUGCAAUUAAAUGGCAUACCUUCCAUGGUGAAGCUGUAUCGGUACCAGACUCAAUACAUAAUGAGAUGAAAGCAGUCCAGGUUAUCUGCAAUGAAUACCUCCCUGAUGAUAUCUAUAAUAUGGAUGAAACUUGUCUGUACUGGCGCCGUAUGCCUAAUGGCGGGCUUGCUUCUGAAGGUCGUCCUGGCCAGAAAAGAGAUAAGACCAGAGUUACUGUCGUUGUUGCAUCAAAUGCAACUGGUUCAGACCGGUUACCUCUCUGGAUUAUUAGGACUGCAAAACAGCCUCAUGCAUUAAGAGGGGUAAAUAUAUCUUCUAUUGGAUGUGUGUGGCGCUAUAAUCAGAGGGCUUGGAUGAGACACGGAAUUAUGGAACAAUGGUUACGCAGUUUUUAUCUACGGAUUGGUAGGUAA